AUGGGGUGCUUGAAGGAUUUACUAGGAGACGGAAGUUGUAUUGAUAUGGGAAUCUUAAUCAACGCGACAGUGGAAGAGAGUUGGAGGCAUAGAAGAAGGUCUCAUCGUGUAUUGAUUCUGAAUAGAGUGGAGGAAGAGAUUGAGAAAAGUCGAAGAAGUAGAGUAAAUGAGGAGGAUAUUUCGCUAUGGCUGAAUGGGAAAGGUCAGAGAAAAAAGGUUUUCUCCACUAAAGGAACUUGGGAAUUUAUCAGAGAGAAAAAGCUUUGCUGUGAAUGGGCUGAUGCACUGUGGUUUAAGUAUUCAACUCCAAGAUACUCAUUUAUCUUGUGGAUGGCAAUGAAGGGUAGACUUGCAACAGGAGAUAAGAUCGAGAAUUUGGAAGAUUAUUCUGCGAGGAUAUGGGAGGUGCUAAUGAAGGAAAUCUUAAAGGAUCAGUAUACGGUUAGAUGGAUAGCUAUACUGAGGCUUAUGAGAGAUUCGACAAGAUGCAAGAUGCAGCUAUUCAUCAUCAAGUAUAUGCUUCAAGCAGCCGUCUACAUGAUAUGGAGAGAGCGUAAUAGAAGAAGACAUAGCGAGGCGAAUACUCCAACAUAG